GCGUCGCUGGGAGCGUAGAUGAGGCACAUGACCUUUUCUCCGCCCCGCUCCUCGCUUGGGCCCGCCCUCUCUGCUGAGCUGUACCUCUUCCUUAUACUGCAGGUCUGACAGUGAGAGGAGAGCAGAGCAGACAUGGCGGUGCGGUCCAUGCAAGCAGCGCGGUGCCCCACAGAUGAGCUCUCCCUUAGCAACUGCGCCGUCGUCAAUGAGAAAGAUUUCCAGUCUGGCCAGCAUGUCAAUGUGAGGACUUCCCCAAACCAUCGCUAUAUAUUCACAGUCAAGACUCACCACACUAUACUGCCGGGAAGCAUUGCUUUCAGUCUCCCACAGAGAAAAUGGGCUGGACUCUCCAUUGGACAAGAUGUGGAAGUUGGGGUAUACACAUUUGACAAGACCAAACAGUGCAUCGGCACCAUGACCAUAGAGAUUGAUUUCCUGCAGAAGAAGAACAUCGACUCCAACCCUUAUGAUACGGACCGAAUGGCAGCUGAAUUCAUACAGCAGUUCAACAACCAGGCCUUCUCUGUAGGCCAGCAGCUAGUGUUUAGUUUCAAUGACAAGCUUUUUGGCUUAGUGGUGAAAGACAUAGAGGCCAUGGAUCCAAGCAUUCUAAGGGGAGAGCAGUCAACAGGAAAGAGGCAGAAGAUAGAAGUUGGACUGGUGGUAGGGAACAGCCAGGUGGUGUUUGAGAAAGCCGAAAGCUCCUCUCUGAAUCUCACAGGCAAAUCGAAGACAAGGCAGGAUCGCCAGUCUAUAAUCAACCCGGACUGGAACUUUGAGAAGAUGGGCAUUGGGGGGCUGGAUAAGGAGUUCUCAGAUAUCUUCAGGAGAGCCUUUGCCUCCAGAGUCUUUCCGCCAGAGAUUGUGGAGCAAAUGGGCUGCAAGCAUGUAAAAGGCAUUCUCCUGUUCGGCCCACCUGGUUGCGGCAAGACCCUGAUGGCUCGACAGAUCGGUAAAAUGUUGAAUGCCCGCGAACCCAAAGUGGUCAACGGCCCUGAAAUUCUGAACAAGUACGUGGGAGAGUCUGAGGCAAAUAUCCGCAAACUCUUUGCAGACGCAGAGGAGGAACAGAGAAGGCUGGGUGCCAAUAGCGGGCUGCACAUCAUCAUCUUUGAUGAAAUAGAUGCCAUCUGCAAGCAAAGAGGGAGCAUGGCAGGCAGCACUGGCGUCCAUGAUACUGUGGUCAAUCAGCUGCUGUCCAAGAUUGAUGGUGUGGAGCAGCUCAACAAUAUCCUAGUCAUCGGUAUGACUAACAGGCCUGAUCUGAUAGAUGAAGCUCUUCUGAGACCUGGAAGACUGGAGGUGAAGAUGGAGAUUGGGCUUCCCGACGAGAAGGGUCGCCUGCAGAUCUUGCACAUUCAUACGGCCCGGAUGAGGGAACACAGCCUUCUCGCAUCGGAUGUGGAUGUCGGCGAACUGGCACAAGAAACCAAAAACUUCUCUGGAGCAGAACUGGAGGGGCUGGUGAGGGCGGCCCAGUCGACGGCCAUGAAUCGGCACAUCAAGGCAACCAAUAAAGUGGAGGUGGAUAUGGAAAAGGCAGAAUGUCUGCAAGUGACCAGAGGAGACUUCAUCAAUUCUUUAGGGAAUGACAUAAAACCUGCUUUUGGGACGAACCAAGAGGACUAUGCCAGCUACAUAAUGAACGGCAUCAUUAAAUGGGGCGACCCUGUUACUCGGGUUCUCGAUGACGGAGAGCUGUUAGUCCAGCAAACGAAGAACAGCGAUCGCACGCCGCUUGUUAGCGUUUUACUUGAAGGUCUUCCUCAUAGUGGCAAAACAGCCCUGGCUGCCAAGAUCUCGGAGGAAUCCAACUUCCCGUUCAUUAAGAUUUGCUCACCGGAGAAGAUGAUUGGCUUCUCUGAGACAGCCAAGUGCCAGGCCAUAAAGAAGAUAUUUGAAGAUGCGUACAAGUCACAGCUGAGUUGUGUUGUGGUUGAUGACAUUGAAAGGCUCCUAGACUAUGUCCCUAUUGGUCCUCGUUUUUCCAACUUAGUGCUGCAGGCUCUGCUUGUCCUUUUGAAGAAGGCGCCUCCUCAGGGUCGCAAGCUGCUAAUUAUUGGCACCACCAGCCGCAAGGACGUGCUUCAGGAAAUGGAAAUGCUCGAUGCAUUUAGCACAACCAUCCGUGUCCCAAAUAUUGUCACAGGUGAACAGCUCAUGGAAGCCUUGGAGCUCCUGGGGGGUUUCAAGGACAACGAAAGAUCAGUAAUCGCUAAGCAAGUUAAAGGCAGAAAAGUGCAUAUUGGAAUUAAAAAACUGCUGAUGCUAAUUGAGAUGUCCAUGCAGAUGGAUCCGGAAUAUCGGGUUAGCAAGUUCCUUUCUCUUCUCAAAGAAGAGGCGGCAGAACCGGUGCAUCGUGGCUAUGACUAACACAAUUCCCCUCCCAGAUGGAAGCCAACAUUGAAGCCGUUAACCACAUGAAGACGUUUUAACAUUCCCCAAAGAGCUGCUCUCCCUCAGAAGGCUGGAUUCUCCCACUGCGCUACUGGCUCUGCCACGUCUCCAUCACACGGUGCAUGUUCUUAAUAAACAACUUCUCCUCCGUCAUCUGAGGCUGUCGCAAUAUCUCCUUCACUUUUCAGCUUCCUCAACUGCCGAUACCCAAAGCAGUCUGUGAAUCCACUGCUGUUGUUUUAGUCGGUAUUCCGUAACUCUGACAUGUCUGUUGGCCUAGAGCUUUUCCCAUCGGGCACCCAUUGGUAAGCUUAUGCAAAUUAGGGGCAGGGAGGGAAAUCGUGUGACUUUUUGUCACAAAACAGGGAAGUAAAAAAUGUUUUUCCCCUCCCGUUCCCAGGUUAUGGUUCGGUAUUCGGCCGAAUCUUUCGCGAAGGAUUCGAGGGUUCGGCCGAAUCCAAACCAAUGGAUUCGGUGCAUCCCUAAUAUAUACUGUACCUCCAUACCCUAGUAUACAAUUCUGCAUGUAAAUCUAUGGUAAACACAACUAUACCACCAUGCUCUAGUGCAGGGAUCCCCAACCUUUAAACCCGUGAGCAACAUUCAGAAGUAAAAGGAGUUGGGGAGCAACACAAGCAUGAAAAAUGUUCCUGGGGUGCCAAAUAAGGGCUGUGAUUGGCCAUUUAGUAGCUGUAAUGUGGAUUGUCAACCAACACUGAGGCUCUGUUUGGCAGUACAUCUGGUUUUUACACAACCAAAACUUGCCUCCAAUCCUGGAAUUCAAAUAUAAGCUCCUGUUUUGAGGCCACUGAGAGCAACAUCUAUGGGUUUGGGGAGCAACAUGUUACUCACGAGCUACUGGUUGGGGAUCACUGCUCUAGUGCAUCAGAUAAAUGGAAGAAAUCAAUUAAAUCCAAGGUCCAGACAUUGUAUUAUAAUAAUAAUAAUGAUGGAUGAUUUCUAGUGCAGGGAUCACAGGCUUAGGCUUUGCAUGCAACGCUCAACUCUGCGAGUCUGCAGUGGGGGAUAUGGUGGACACAUUGAGUAUCUUAGAUAAGAGCCAAUGGGAUUUAUGGGGUCCAGCCUUCCACCUCCCCCCCCAAUGAGUGUAAUAACUGUUGGAUCGUUGGUCCUAAGAUGUCCUCUUGAUAAGUGCUGUGAUUAUUAUGUAGCUGCUUUUCUUUGCCUCCCUCACCUUUCACACCCCACCUUUCCACUCCACUGUACAUGUAUAUUUUUAUUGUGAAUUUCGAGUAUUUCGUGGGAUAUCUCAGCCGAAACCAGUUACAGUAAAGUCAUUAUUUAUCCGUCA